ACAUUAUAAACAAAAGAUCCUUAACUCCACACAACUUUCAUCUUAAUAACCAAACACAUCCCCAGCAUUCUCUCUUUAUUCUACAAACCCACAAGUUACAAGGGGAAGAUUAAAGGGGGGAAUUACAACAAAUUUGGGGAGAAAAGAGAGACAAUAAUUUUACACAACAAAAAGUAAAGUGUAAACAUAUAUAGAAAAUGGGUGUUAAUUCGGACAAGGAGAAAGAAGUUGAGAAUGUGAUAAUAGGCAACUACAUGGAAAUGGAGAAAGAUGAAUCUAAGCCUACUACCUUCAAAACUGCUCUCUCUAAUCUUCUUUGGCAUGGUGGCUCUACUUAUGAUGCUUGGUUUAGUUGUGCCUCCAAUCAGGUUGCACAAGUGCUGUUGACACUACCAUAUUCAUUCUCACAGCUGGGGAUGUUAUCAGGAAUCAUAUUCCAACUCUUCUAUGGUAUACUAGGAAGUUGGACUGCUUAUCUAAUUAGCAUACUCUAUGUCGAGUAUAGAACUAGAAAGGAAAGAGAAAAGGUUGAUUUUAGGAAUCAUGUCAUUCAGUGGUUUGAGGUGCUAGAUGGGUUACUAGGAAAACAUUGGAGAAAUGUUGGAUUGGCAUUUAAUUGCACAUUUCUUCUGUUUGGAUCAGUCAUUCAACUCAUUGCUUGUGCAAGCAAUAUAUACUAUAUAAAUGAUAAUCUGGACAAGAGAACUUGGACCUAUAUUUUUGGAGCAUGUUGUGCUACCACUGUCUUUAUUCCUUCAUUUCACAAUUACAGAAUUUGGUCAUUUCUUGGCUUAGUUAUGACUACUUAUACUGCUUGGUAUCUUACCAUUGCCUCCAUUCUUCAUGGUCAGGUUGAAGGUGUGAAGCACUCAGGGCCGACCAAGUUAGUUUUAUAUUUCACGGGGGCAACAAACAUUCUUUACACAUUUGGAGGACAUGCUGUUACUGUGGAGGUAAUGCACGCAAUGUGGAAGCCACAAAAGUUCAAAGCAAUAUAUUUACUAGCAACUCUAUAUGUGUUGACAUUAACACUUCCCUCAGCAUCAGCCGUAUAUUGGGCAUUUGGAGACAUGCUUCUUGAUCACUCCAAUGCUUUCUCUUUACUCCCUCGCUCUCCUUUCCGUGACAUGGCUGUCAUUCUCAUGCUCAUUCACCAGUUUAUAACAUUUGGAUUUGCAUGCACACCCUUGUAUUUCGUAUGGGAAAAGGCCAUCGGAUUGCAUGAUUGUAAAAGCAUGUGUAAACGCGCAGCUGCUAGGCUGCCUGUUGUCAUUCCCAUUUGGUUUUUGGCUAUCAUUUUCCCAUUCUUUGGACCCAUCAAUUCCGCCGUUGGAUCAUUGCUCGUUAGUUUUACCGUGUACAUCAUCCCCGCCUUAGCUCACAUGUUCACAUUCCGUUCUGCCGCUGCUCGCGAGAAUGCAGUAGAGCAACCACCCAGAUUUGUAGGAAGGUGGGCAGGAUCAUUUGUCAUUAACAUAUUUAUUGUAGGAUGGGUACUUGUAGUUGGGUUCGGGUUCGGUGGAUGGGCUAGCAUGAUCAAUUUUGUGCACCAAAUUGACACCUUUGGAUUGUUCACAAAAUGUUACCAAUGUCCAUCACCAAAGGUUGUCAAUGCAACCGCUCCACCACCUUCACCGGCUAACCUCACCCACGUACACCACCUUGCCCAUCGUUUCUAAUCGAUUUUGCAAUCCCGUGUGAUCUAGACUAUGUUCGCCUUACGAAGUCAAGGCCACCAAAUGUGAUACAGCUAUUAGAGAGGCUAAAAUACAUGAUGUAAUGUUUUUGGUUUGUUGGUCAUUAGUCUCUACCUAAUACUUAAAAAUGUGUCCAAAAAAAGAGGUUACUUGAUGUCUCAGGUGUGGAAGUGCAUGUCUUGAGAAAUUCAAUCGAAAACAAAAAAGAAAAUUUUUAGUUUGGUUAGAUGUUUGUUAUGAUUUUGAGAAUCUCUUAUAUGAAAUAUAUGAGAGUAUGUAAUUUAGCAAUGAGUAUUGGGUUUCAAGAAUGGAUAUUUUGUUUCUUUCCCACAAUUAGUUGUAGCUAAAAUAUGUCAUUCUUUUGAUCAAGGGUAUUAAAGAAGUUUGUCUUAAAUUAAGUGUGGUUGUAUACGUGAUAUCUUUUUUGAUUCGGAGUAGUAGAAAUAUAAGUUAUGUGGUUUUCACGA